GAAAAGGCCUUUGCAGCUGAUGUUUUCGGCGGGUGCUUUGGUCAAGGUGGAGACUUCACCGUCGUUGUGGAAGAGCGCGCUGCCUCCAAUCAAGAUACUGCUGAAGUCGUGCGGACGGAGUUCAAGGUAUGGUCUGUCCUGAUGUGUCAAUGGUCAAAAGUCUUUCACGCAAUGAUCCACUCGGAAGCCUUCAAAGAGAAAGCAGCAGCCGAGGUCAUAAUUCAGGACUUUUCGGCUACGACGGUUGAAGCAUUCCUUCGGUUCUUAUACUCGGGCGUCCUCCGCGGGAGCCUGGCAACUGCAGUGGAGGUCGGCAUGCUGGCGGACAAAUACCAGGUAGACAAGCUGCACAGCCUCUGCAAGCUGGCGGUCCAGAAACAGCUGAGGCCUGAUACUGCCUGCGAGCUUCUUCAGUUGGCAGAUCGAUGCCAAAACGCCGACUUGAGGUUACAAGCACUCGAGAAAAUCCUGAUUCAUCCAAAGGAGGCUUUAAAAGCUCGGCCUGCCAUCUGCCCUGAGCUCCUGGACGAG